UCUUCUUCUUCAACUUCCUUAAGUUUAAUGACAGUUGGCAAACCAACUGAAACGGUGUAUUCAAUGGCAUUAGCCAUGCUAAAACAGGAUUUGAAACAAAUACGCCCUCUAUUAAACUCUAUGGACACUGACUCAUUCAAAGUUUUAUCAACCACAGAACUCAAACUACACACUCAGUGUGUUUAUUUAGACUGACAGUAAGUUAACUUACAACACGUCUACCCUUCACUCUAACGGACACUUACUAGCAGUUCCCACUCACUACCAGUAAGUUGACUCACUGUACAAGACCUCUCCCCUUCACUUCACUCUACUGCAGGGUGGGAGAUGCAACAAUGGCCUUGAGAACAGCAGGAAGUGUGUUGGUGGUCUUUCUCUGGUCUGUGACAGUGGUACUGGGGCAGAAUGGCUGGAGUGUUACAUACACCCCUCAGAGUAUCUGUACAUUGAAGGGGUCAACAGUGGAGCUGACCUGCUCUUACACAUAUCCCAGUGGUACAGUCACAACAACCUUCUGGUUCACUAAAUGGGAGACUGGUGUAGAACCUGAAGAUCUAGGUCAGGACCCAGAGUAUACAGGUCAUCUGGAGUAUCAUGGGGAUAAGAAGAAAGACUGUACCCUGAGAAUCACAGACCUGAGAGAGAGAGACUCAGCUACGUACAAGUUCAGAUUUAUAACAGAUCAGACUGAAGGGAGAUAUUAUGGAGAUCCUGGAGUCACUCUGUCUGUAACAGCUCUGCAGGUGGUGACUUAUUCAAGUUGGCCAAAUUCGGUGAAAAUUACCUGUAGCACCACCUGCACUCUGACUGACAACCCCACCUACAUCUGGUACAAGAACGGACAACAUCUAGAUGAGAGCACCUCUCCCCAGUACAGAGACCCAGUCUCCAGUAACUAUGAAGACAGCUACUCCUGUGCUGUAAAAGGCCAUGAGGAUCUCCACUCUCCUGCAGUGUGUGUUCAGGGUCAGUACUGCAACAGAGUGACCUACACCAAGAGGAGAAUCUGUGUCUUGAAGGGGUCAACAGUGGACAUAUCCUGUACUUAUGUUAGUUAUUAUUACACCACAUCAACAUUCUGGUUUAGAAGUGAUAAGUCGACCCCUGAAGACCUAACCAGAGACCCAGGAUAUGCAGGUCGUGUGAAGUACCCUGACAAAGAGAGAUGGAGAUAUAACGGUCCCUCCAUCCUGAGAAUCUCAGAUCUGAGAGAGGAGGACUCAGCUGAGUAUCGCUUCACUUUUAAAACAGACAACUUUGAAUGGGGUCAUAGUUUCCCAGGAACAACUCUGUCUGUCACAGGUCUGCAGGUGAAUGUGACUCCUGCUGCAGAGAGACAGAGAACACUGACCUGUAGCACCACCUGUACUCUGACUGACAACCCCACCUACAUCUGGUACAGGAAUGGACAGAAUGUACAAGAUAACUCCUCCCCCAUGUACUCCAUCAUCAGUGAGAAUGAAGACAGCUACUUCUGUGCUGUAAAAGGCAGUCUCAGCUCUCCUGCAGUGUAUAAACCAAAGAACACCUCAGUGUCAGUCAGUCCCUCUGGUGAAAUAGUGGAGGACAGUUCAGUGACUCUGACCUGCAGCAGUGAUGCCAACCCACCUGUCCAGAGUUACACCUGGUGGUUCAAGAAGAAUGGAGGUGGCUAUCAGAGUAUGACAGGACCACAGCAUGUCUUCAGUCAAAUCCAGUCACCUGACACUGGAGAGUACUACUGUGAGGCCCAGAAUGAGAUGGGGACAGACAGGUCUAGGACCAUAAACAUGGAUGUGAAGUAUGACCCAAAGAACACCUCAGUGUCAGUCAGUCCCUCUGGUGAAAUAGUGGAGGGCAGUUCAGUGACUCUGACCUGCAGCAGUGAUGCCAACCCACCUGUGAACAAAUACACCUGGUACAAGAAGAAUGGAGCUUCACUGACAGCAUCUGAAAAGACAUACAAUUUCACGACCAUCAGCUCUGAGGACAGUGGAGAAUAUUACUGUGAGGCUGAGAAUAAAUAUGGACGUCUCAACUCUUCUUCUGUGUCUGUGGACGUUCAGUAUGACCCAAAGAACACCUCAGUGUCAGUCAGUCCCUCUGGUGAAAUAGUGGAGGGCAGUUCAGUGACUCUGACCUGCAGCAGUGAUGCCAACCCACCUGUGGACAAAUACACCUGGUACUUUCAAAAUAAGACUUUUCUAAAUGGAUUUGGACAGAUCUACAACAUAAGUAACUUCCAGUCUAAGGACAAUGGACAUUACCACUGUGAGGCCUGGAAUGGAAGAGGAUCUAGGAACUCUACAGCUCUGAUGAUCAUUUUACCAGGGAAACAAACAGUUCUGACUGCAGCUGUAGGAAUCAUAGUUGUUCUUCUGGUUCUCAUCCUCUGUUUCUCUGGACUCAUGUGGUUCAGGAAGAAGGCCUCCAAAUCCAUCUCUGACACAAGAGACACAUCAGAGAAUGUACAGGGAGACUCUAGUCCAGUGUAUGACAACAUCUCAGGCAUGACCAUGACCUCUACUGCAGCACAGACAGCAGCCACCGUCGACCAGGAUGACGUUCACUAUGCCAGCGUCCACUUGUCUCGCUUCAAAAACCAGGAAGUGCCUCUGUACUCCACCGUCCAGCUGCAUCAACCACAGAAACAGGACCAAGAUGUCCAAUACGCUGCUGUGAAAUUCAACCUCCCCAGUUCUGCCACCCAGCCCACGGUGGAACAAGCAGCUGAGGAGGACUCCUCUGUUCUCUACAGCACAGUCAACAAACCCAGAACCAAGAAGACCUGAACACAACAAACCCAGAACAAGAAGAACUGAACACAACAAACCCAGAACCAAGAAGACCUGAACACAACAAACCCAGAACCAAGAAGACCUGAAAACAACAAACCCAGAACCAAGACGACCUUGUAUAUCUGGACCCGUAUAUUCAAACUAGUGGUAUAAUUAAGCAAUAAGGUCAGAGGGGGUGUGGUAUAUUGGCCAAUAUACUGUACCACGGCUAAUGACUGUUCUUCUGCACAACACAACGCAGAGUGCCUUGAUACAGCCCUUAGCCGUGGUAUAUUGACCAUAUACUACAAGCCCGAGGGCCUUAUUGCUAUUAUAAACUGGUUACCAACAUAAAUAGAAAGUAAACAAAUAUUUUUGUGUCAUACCAGUGUUCUAUUGUCUGAUAUACAGUACAUGAAAUGAAAUGCUUAUUCAGCCAAUCAGCAUCCAGGACACAAACUACCUGGUUUAUAAUAGUAUCUAAUAAUAUACAGUGCAUUCAGAAAGUAUUCAGACCCCUUGACUUUUUCCACAUUUUGUUACGUUACAGCCUUAUUCUAAAAUUAAUUAAAUCGUUUUUUUCCCCCUCAUCAAUCUACACACAAUACCCCAUAAUGACAAAGCAAAAACAGGUUUUUAAAAAGGUUUGCAAAUUGAUUAAAAAUACAAAAUUGAAGUAUCACAUUACGUAAGUAUUCAGACUCUUUACUCAGUACUUUGUUAAAGCACCAUUGGCAGCGAGUCUUUCUUGGAUAUCAUGCCACCAGCUUAAAUUUUUUUUUUACAGCAAGUAAAUUUUGUUAUCUGUUACCCAAAUAAAUAAAAUUAGUUUCUAUACACUUUAUAUAUAGUUUGCUAGAUUUUUUCAAAUAUUUGUUUAAAUGUUUUUAUGACAAAGUUAUAGCACGAUAGUGCCACAAAAUUCAGGAAGUAGUUCUGCUUGAUGCAAUGUUUCUUAUUACUUUAUAAAAACAUUACUAAUGUGUGAAGUGUAAACAAAUCGUAAACAAAUCAUAAACAUGCCGCUGUAAUUCAGCGGCAACGCGUCGUAUAGUUCACAAUCCACUUUGUUCAGAGCAGCUGUGUGAUGCACAACAAUGCCAGUUUAUGGAAGUCACAUCACUUGAUUGUCAGAGGUAACAGAGUUAACUUCUAGCUGGCUAGCUUUCGGUUUCAGUGAACAACGUCUGCUUCAUGUAGCUAACAAGCCAGCUGAGAUAGCUAGUUCACUGAAUUCAUCUGCCAGUUCCACGUCAACUCUUAAUAACACGAUAUCUUUACAUGCGUGGUUUAUUCUGUAUCGAUUUUCUAUCAUUUUCAAAUGUUAUUUGACAUUUUAUUUUGUGUAUUUUCAUUUGUAUUUUUAUCUGAUGCCAUCUUCUGUUUGAAUCCUCCGCUGGUAUCCCCUGAAUCCGCCCACUUCUUCCCCGAAGUAGACCUUAUGAGCAUCGUAGAUUUGCAUGCUUCGCUCUCUGAUCGGAUUGUCUGAAUUCACUAGUCGAGUGUCAAUCACAGAAAAAAACAACAUGGAUGAAAAUACAUUUUGAGAAAAUGUGAAUCCCUCGUUCGUUUCUCUGGCCCCUGGCAAAGACAUAGACUGUGUAUAGGGCAAAGACUUCAGCUUCGCCUGUUCCACUGAUAUGGAUUCAGCUAACAAAUACGGAAACUCCAAUGUUCACACCAGUCUCAUACUUUUAAAUCCAUGACGGGAAGAGUGAACUUGCACACUUGGGAAAGGGAUCUCAGUCUCAGGCAUCUUGUUACCAGUUUGUUAUUUUGUUAUUGAUCCAAGUGGAUGAGGACAUGAUUGGGACAUAUGAAGAGAGACAGAAGGCUGCAGUAAUGUUGAGAUGCCAGUAGGUGGAGCUCUAGUCUAGAACACUGGAACCUUCAGUACCACUUUGAUGGAGCUGAUGAGGAGGGAUGGGUCACAGUA